AUGUCUCCAACAGGUAACAACAUCUCCACUAACUUAGGCCCAGUAAAUCCCCAUCUCAGUCGCUCAUACAAGGAAGCUAGCACAAGCCAGUGGCAACUAUACGCCCUCUUCCAGACAUUCUUGGAGGACAGACCAGCCGAUGCCAUUCGUGCCGUUCAAGAACGCCACCUUCUCAUUUCCUGGGACCUCAAGGCCAUCCAUUACUUGAGGACAUGCCUGAGGACAUGGAUUGAGGGCAAGGUCCCCGGCGACGCCAUUGGUGCAUUCCUCGUGACAGUCUUGUACGAACAAGACUUUCAUCUGGAUUACUUACUGACCACGAUGGUCCGGGAUGGACACACCCAGCUACACAUCGCCCGUCGUCUGUUGGCAUUCUACCAAAUCCGAGACGAAGCAGGCGCCCCAAUCUGGGAUAAUGUCACCAUCUAUCCCGAAGACACUGACCAGAAUCCACCAGCUAUUCAGAGAAAGAGUGUCGCUGGAAGCUCCACUAUUACCAGGAAGGAUCCUCCACCUCGCAUCCCUACACCACCGCCUGCUGAUCCGAGAUGGCCCCUCUUCAUGGGUGCACUUAGCGACCCGGAGCUUGAAAACCUCAUGGGCAUGUUAGACGACAAUCGGCAUCUAGACGAAGAUCUGCCCCCGUUGUUCGCUGGUGUGAGUGAGGAAGAUUUUCCCACCAUCCAGGCAUUCCGGAGAUUCAACCUCCACAAGAAUGAUUCCUCAGAGGACCUUCCUCUGCCUGAGUCUAGGGCCGAUAGAGUUGAAGAUUUCUCGAAGCAGACUGACAUAUCGCAGGAUAAGCCCCUCCCUUCUCUUCCUGUGAUUACUAGGAAGCCUCUCCCAACCCUAUCCACUGACAGGGCUAUUUCCCGUAAAGCCCUCCCCCUCCCACCCCUUUCACAUCCCUCGAGUCCAAAUCCCUCGUCUGUGCGUGUGUCGACUUUCAUGUCAGAGAAGAAGCUUAAAGUCCGAUGGGCCGACUGUGUGCCAGGCGAACGUGCUAACAUUGAACAGGGAAGUGAUGAGACUGGCCUGCGUUCGUCUGCGGCAGCUUGUCCAGGGCCUUCCGUUAACGUCAAUCAACCACAUGCUCCAGGUUCCUCUGACAAUGUUUAUGCUCAUGUUCAUUAUAGUCCUCCCCCGGCUCCUCCUAAGCUUAAGAAGAAGGCGGGAGUCGAGGACUUGCGCCAGGCUCGAGAGCGUGAUGAGAGAACAACUGGAGAUGUUGAGGUGAUAUAUUAG